UCUCUUUUGAAAUGUUUACACUCACCACCACCUCAUUAUCAUAUCACUCUAUCGAUAGUAUAGAACAUCCUUCACUCGUUUAUUUUGUGGCAACCAAAACAACAAUCGAAGUGGAAGUGAAGCUCCGCCUCCCAGACGCGUCCACACACCAAAAGCUCUCCGACCUCCUCUCACCCUUCCACCUCCAAACCCUAAUCCAAGAGAACAUCUUCUUCGACGGCUCCAACUCCGAGCUCUCCUCCAACCGCGCCGUCCUCCGCCUGCGCUUCUACGACGUCGUUUCCCGCUGCGUCCUCUCCCUCAAGGCCAAGCCCGUUAUCUCCGACGGCAUCAGCCGCGUUUCAGAACUCGAAGAGCCAUUCGACCCCGUCCUCGGACGCGCGUGCGUGGCCGAGCCGUGGCGCCUCCUGGGUGUCAGUUCCUCCACUCUCCUAAAGCGCGUGAGAGAGGAGUUCGGUGUCGGAGAGCAAGGGUUUGUUUGCUUGGGUGGGUUUAGAAAUGUGAGGAGCGUGUACGAGUGGAAGGGGUUGAAGCUAGAGUUGGACGAGAGCAACUUCGAUUUCGGGACGUGUUAUGAGUUGGAGUGUGAGAGCUUGAACCCUGAGAAGGAUAAGAAGGUUCUAGAGGGGUUCUUGGAGGAGAAUGGGAUAAGAUACAAAGUUAAUGGAUGGUGCAUUAAUUCUGAGCAUGAAAUUUGGAUACGAGGCUGUGGAGUUGGGUGAAGCAUUGUUCGUUGUUCAUUGUUCAUUCUAUGGUAGAAAACCAAGAUGCAGGCCAGCUUGUCGAGGAUGAACAGAAAGAACAACAUGUGCUGGCUUGCACCUUAGUUUUCCUAUUCAAUGUUGAUAUCUCAUUAGGCUAGCUAAUGCCAAGUAUACUUGGUCAUUGUCAGCCAA